AUGCAGAAGGCAGGGAUAUCGUACUCUGGAAUAAAAAGAGCGACUGGGGUAAAGAAGAGGACCGCUAUCAAUAUUGUGAAUCGGGCUAAAUCCAGAGCUGGGAAAAAUGCGAAACUUCACAAUCUUUUGAGUAAGGAGAAGGUAGAACCAACACCCAAGAGUGGCCGACCCGCAACCAUUUCUGAACGGGAUAAACGCUACCUUAUCCGUCUAGUGGAGCGUCCAGAGAAUCGCCGAGCAACACUGCCUGAAAUUGCAGAUAUUUCAGGCUUGCAGAUCAGCCGAGAGAGCGUUAGAAAGAUUCUGAAGGAUAGUGGCGGAAACCUAGACGGAAACCAAUUUUGA